UUCUGCAAUCAAAGUGGUUCACUUUGCCUGCAGGAGCCCUGUGUGAACUAUAUUUCUUCCUCGCACAUAAAUUGUAAGGGCUUCAUUGACUUUGCUAGCUCCAUGGCCAUAGCUAUGGACAAAAAAAUUAAUUGGCUACUCCUUAUCCUGUUGCAAGCCACAAUUGAACGCAGCGAGGGAUGCUACUGUGACCAUUAUCCAUGGACUCCCUGGUCGAGCUGUUCAAGAACCUGUAAUUAUGGGACUCAAAGCAGGCAAAGGCAAAUAAGGAUAGAUGAGUACUACAACAAAAACUUCUGUGCCCAACUUUGCACCACUCAGGAAUCAAGGGCCUGCAACCAGCAGAUGUGUCCUAUCAAUUGCCAGAUUGGAGACUUUGGCUCCUGGUCAGAAUGCGACCCGUGUAUUAAAAAACAAUUUCGUACCAGAACCCUGAACCGACCCUCUCAGUUUCGGGGACAACCCUGCAAUGAGCAGCUGGUAGAGUCCCGGAGGUGCUACCCAACCAAACUUUGCAACAUAGAGGAAGUAAACUGUGCAAAUAAAUUCCAGUGUGAAAAUGGUCGCUGCAUCAGCCGAAACUUGGAAUGCAAUGGAGAAAAUGACUGUGAGGACAAUUCGGAUGAAAGGGAUUGUCGGCGUGUACGGGCUGUGUGCAACAGAAGGCAUGAGAGCCUUCCUGGUGUGCAUCUAAUGGGCCAUGGAUAUCACCUUUUGGCAGGAGAGAACAGAGGAGAAGUCCUUGGUAAUUCGUUCAAUGGAGGCAAAUGCACACUGGUCAAAAACAACGACACGAGGAAAACGUUUCGUGUCCCUGCAAACCUAGAGGCUGUCAGCUUUCAGGUUGAGAAUGAAGAGGAUGACGUGGCCUCCGAUUUCUACAGCGAUUUGAUCCCCUUAGAGUCCAGUGUGUCUGCCUUGCAUUCCUCCUCUGGUUCUCACAGUGGCUCUUCUGGAAUCCCCUUUCUGUUCUCUAAAAAGAAAAAAGUGAAGGUCACAUCCUCAUCCUCCUUCAAGGAAGCCAUUCAAGCUUCAUAUAAAAAGAAUUCCAACUUCAUUCGGAUCCAUAAGGUGAUUUCAGUAUUAAACUUCACAGUGAAAGAGUCAGACUUGCUGCUCUCUGGGGUGUUUCUAAAGGCCCUCAACAGCCUCCCUCUGGAGUACAACUAUGCUCUCUACGGCCGGAUAUUCGAUGACUUUGGGACUCAUUACUACACCUCUGGUUCAAUGGGAGGCACAUAUGACCUCCUCUAUCAAUACAGUGCUGAAGAAAUGAAAAAUUCAGGUUUAACAGAGCAACAAUCACAAGAGUGCGUCCGGACAGAAACGACGAAGCGUAUCCUUUGGAAAAAGAAAAAGAAAGUGCAUACGAGAUGCGAACACAAUACGAUGAGUGCUCGCCAUGAAGGUUCAUUUUUGCAGUCCUCUGAAAAGUCGAUCUCAUUAGUAAAAGGCGGGAGGUCCCAGUACGCUGCAGCUCUUGCCUGGGAACAAAGAGGGUCUUUCCCUGAACACGACACGUACACCAAUUGGCUGGAAUCCGCCAAGGAAAAUCCAAUCGUUGUUGACUUGGAGUUGGCUCCCAUUUUGGAUUUGGUGAAGAACUUCCCUUGCGCAGCGACGAAGCGUCGUAAUCUCCGGAGAGCGCUUAUAGACUACAUGGAACAAUUUGACCCAUGCCAAUGUGCUCCGUGUCCCAAUAAUGGCAAGGCUGUGCUAUCGGGAAUGGAAUGCCUCUGUGUGUGCCAAGCUGGUACUUACGGUGAUAACUGUGAGAUGCGAGCGCCCGACUACACAUCCGUUGCCGUGGAUGGUUCCUGGAGUUGCUGGUCCGCAUGGAGUUCCUGUGAUGCCUCCCAUAAGAGACGGAGAAGCCGUGUUUGCGACAAUCCCUCGCCGCUAAAUGGAGGGAAGACGUGUGAAGGCCAACAGGAGCAAGAGGACGAGUGUUACUUCUCCAUAUUUGCUGACAGGGGGGGCUUGUGUAUAAAUGAUGAUGAUGCCAUGAAGGAGGCGGACAUUUUUGUAGGCGAGCCCGAAUCUGGAUGCUUUAAACCAGUCCCACCAGAAUAUGGAUUCAUCAGGAAUGAAAAGAACCACUAUGCAGUCGGGGAAGAUGUGGAAGUUGUGUGUUUGAGCGGAUAUAAUCUAGUUGGGUAUCAGUACCUUCGCUGCCUGCCGGAUCAAACAUGGGCACAACAGCUUGUCGAGUGCCAGCCAUCUGCUUGCCCCAGGCCAUCAGCAUCUCCCGAUGUCGCGAUUACUCCAUAUAAGAAUGAAUACAAGAUUGGGGAAACCAUCCAGUUACACUGCUCUCCGACUCUGAGUCUAAAUGGCCCCACACGAUACACUUGCGGGCAAGGCCCAUCCUGGAACCCUCCUGUUUGGAGACUACUGACCUGCGAGAAAGCUAAUCAAGCUCAAGGGAGUUGCAGCCCUGGUCAAAAGCAGUCUGGAUCCCAAUGUGUGUGCAUGUCCCCAACAGAGGAUUGUGGCCACUAUUCUGAAGACGUUUGUGUAAUACCGGAUGCUGCUUCUGAACAAGCCAUUACCAAGCCCAGCUGCCAGUUCUUGGCUGAAAAAUGCCUGGGAGAGAAUCCGCCCCAUUUCCUACAUUCUGGGCCCUGCCACAGGGUCACUGACUUAAGCUGGGCCCUAGAAAGGCUCAAACUCUCUACAGGCAGCAUAAAGCAUGAACCCUGUGGCUAUGACACGUGCUAUGACUGGGAGAGAUGCUCAGAAUUGCGUGGUCAGUGCCUCUGCCUGCUGGCUAGCCAGUGCCCUCGAGGUGGUGAGGAGCACCUUUUCUGCAUCCAAAUUAGGUCAAGAAAGAAGACGGUCAGCCUCUGCAUGCUGGGGGCGAUAAAAUGCUCCAAGAUGAACAUUGAAGUGCUACAUGAAGGGAGCUGUUCAGCUGAAGAACCGUCAAGGUCAUCACUAGACCAACCUCAGCUUUAGUAGCUCCUUUUCUUCUUGGCAUCUUCAGACGGUUCUGAUUUCAGGGACUGAGCAUCCCAAUCCAGCAUUUUUAUUUUAUCCAACAUUUUUUUUCUCUGCAGUCUAAAUGUUCAUAGCUUUCAGGAUGUCGGAGAAAUCCACAAUGGAAUCAAAUGAGUUCAGAUUUCUAUGAAUCCGACCUGCAGAUUCUGCAGUGGACCAGCAUUUCCUGAGUCGCAUGAAUGCCAUGGACUUGCGGGGUUUCGUUUUUAAAUUUCUGGAAUUUUACGCAAAUUUAGUCAUAGAAAAAUACUUUUUUUUUAAAAAAAAAAAUACAGCCAAAAAUGUGCAUUUAUCCCAUAGGCUAAAGCAUGGAAAUGCACAUUUUGAAGGGAUUUGCAGAUAUUGAGGGGAUUUGGCAUUUGCAUAAGUGUGAAUUUCCAAAAAUUUUGGAAAUUGAAAAAAAUAAGACUCCGUCAGCAGAUGACAAAACAAAAUCCAUGAAACACAGCUGGAACGGAUUUUAUAAAACCCAUACAUGGCAGUUUGCUUUCUCUUCAGUUGACUGCCUCUGUGCAUGUGUAGAGCACCUUUUGUUUGAAGGAAACCAGCUUUUGUUCUAACAAGAUGGGUCUGAGGACACAGUGCCUCUGAGUGUCUGCAGAGUGCCUUUCCUCUCACAGGAAGCAGCUUUAUAAAAGCCAAAGGGCAGUGCCUCUAAGCAUACGCAGAGCAUUAAGAUAUAGAAAGUACAGACAUAACCCCAAAUGCCAAACAAUCAAAACUGAGGCUGGAUGGCAGUGCGAACUCAAAGCAUUUUGCUGCCUGAAGCUGUUAGGGUAAAAAACCCAACCAGAAGGGAGGGAACGGGGGGGGGGAUUUACACAUCGUCGUGAAGGCGCUUGCGUGCGCCUGCAGUGUGCCUUGAAACUCAUCGUGUAGAUCCUGCCCUGGACUGCUGAGGGGAAAUGUAUCAUGACGGCGAGGAGCUGCCCGCUCAGGCGCUCCUCGGCUCGGAAAGGGGUGUGUGUGGAUGUGUGUGUAGGUGGUGCCCAGCUCCGCCCAGGCUCUCUCUCUCUCUCUCUCUCUCUCUCUCUCUCUCUCUCUCUCUCUCUCUCUCUCUCUCUCCCUUUCCCGGGGUCUACGUGUGAGUGAGCAAGUGAGGGCGGGAAUGACGGUAACAGCAGAGCAGCAGCGUUGCAGGUGAAUGCGAGGAGUUUCCUGCGGAGUCAUGGAGAGAUCAGGGCGUGGGAGGGGAGGCGGUGGUGGCUGGUUGAACAGCGUGUGUGUGUGAGAGAAAGAGAGGACCACGGCAGCAGCAGCGACCAGGAGAACAGAAUGUGUAGGGAGAGAGCAGUUGGAGUCGGUGAGGAUGAGGAAGGGCCGAGGGUGUGCAUAGAUGAAAAGUGGCACGCGAGAGGAAAUCGGGGGAAGAAGUACAGGGGGGGAUGUCUGCACAUGUGUGUGUGUGUGAGAGAGAGAGAGAGAGAGUGUGAGAGAGUGUGUGUGUGUGAGAGAGAGAGAGAGAGAUGAGAAUGAGAAUGAGAAUGAGAAUGAAUAUGAAUAAAGUUGCAUCUGUCUGAAGGACGGAGUUUGAGGGAUCUACACAUCGUCGUGAAGGCGCUUGCGUGCGCCUGCAGUGCACCCCGAAAUUCAUCGUGUAGAUCCUCCCCAGGAAAACCAGACAAGUCCAGAUUCAGUGACCAUUCUUUAUUGACCUACAUGUGUAGGAGGAAACUCACCCUUGAUGGAUCGAAGAAGAGCUUCUCCACCCAUCAUCCACAACCAACAUCUUUUAUAACAUUCCGUGCCCCUCCUGAUGAGCUCAUCCCUCCUCCCAUCCCUUAUUGAUUGCAAAGUUAUACGUUUUCCAUAAGUGAAAUUGUUUCUAACAGCUAACAAUACAUAAUAUUGUAAAUAAAUUUUAUUUUAAUUUGCAAAUAUGACAAUACUUGCUGACAAGGGGUAAGACCCAGAAGAGUAGGCCUAAUGCUAAGUUUUUGUUUGUUUUUAAAAGGGGGAGAGGAAGACAUUUCAAGGUCAUAUUGUCAAACAGCAUUUUAAGGGUGCAAUCCUAUGCAUGUUUAGACAGAAAAAAGUCCUACUACUUCUAGCAUCCACCAGCCAGCCAUGCUUCUGUCUAAACUUCCACAGGAUUGCACCCUAAAUCUCUUAUAUGUGUCUACUCAGAGUACAUAAGAACAUAAGAAGCACCAUGCUGGAUCAGACCAAGGGUCCAUCUAGUCCAGCACUCUGUUCACACAGUGGCCAACCAGCCAUUGGCCAGGGAUGAACAAGCAGGACAUGGUGCAACAGCACCCUCCCACCCAUGUUCCCCAGCAACUGGUGCACACAGGCUUAGAAAGGAAAGGAACCUCUCGUGCAAGCACUGAGUCAUUACUGACUCUUGGAGGGAUGCCAGCUUUCGCUGAAGUUUUCUUGGCACGCAUUAUAGUGGGGUGGUUUGCCGUUGCCUUCCCCAGCCGUUAUUACCUUUCCCCCAGCUAACUGGGUACUCAUUUUACCGACCUCGGGAGGAUGGAGGGCUAAGUCAACCCGAGCCGGCUGCCUGAAACCAGCUUCCGCUGGGAUCGAACUCAGGCCGUGGGAGAGUUUCAGCUGCAGAAACUGCUGCUUUACCGCUCUGUGCCACACGAGGCUCUGCUUACUGCCUCGAAUACUGUAGAUAGCACACAACCAUCAGGGCUAGUAGCCAUUGAUAAUGGGACUUACUCCUAAGUAAGUGUUUUCUCUUUUUGAACAAGCCAUGUUUUUGCACAUCGUAUUGAUUAGAAUGUAUAGUAAAAUCCUGACUUUUGUAUUAUUUUCUAGAGUUUCUUCCACAUAAAAUGGUUGUCUGGGCUCUCAGCAAUAUGCGCUUAACAUUAAUUAUAACCUAGGGUACACUUGGCUUAUGUGCCUGAAGUUAAGUUUUCUGUUGAAACUCAACUAAUACAAAUAAAUGCUUGAUCAGAAAGGCCAAUUAUA